AUGUCGUCGACGUCUCUGGAGCCGCCGACUUAUUUGAGCUCCUUGCAGAACAACAUUCGAGCUCGCCCGAUCCCGUGGGAGGGAGCUGUCCGGGCUGGCAACAUCACCGACGACCAUCUUAAGAAGAUCAAGGCUGUGGACAAAGUCCGCAAAGAGCAACGCCGCCAAACCGUUGAAGGCGAUCUUCAGGGUUAUGUUGGACUGCUUGCUGGCAAUGCCGAUAGCAAGAGUGUCUUGGAUUCGGCUUCCAAGAGGACGGAUAUUGUGCAGUACAUUCUAGUGCUGGCGGCGGACUUGAUUAACGAUGUCCCCUCGCUUUCCUCCGCAUUGAUCGCGCAUCCUAGUCCCUACAAGCCCUUCCUCCCGCUCCUGCGUCAUUCCACCAACGCGGAAGAUCCAAUUCCGCUGCUCACCUCCACAUUUUUGACGAGUCUUGUCUCUCACAGCCUUGCUGCUUCAACCAAGGCAGCUGUCCGCGAUGAAGAGGCGCUUCCUCAGUUAUACACCUAUCUUUCCACCCUGACUCAGAACCAAGACAGCGGGCUGCAGGAUAUCGGGGUUCAGGGGCUGUCGGCGUUGUUACGGAAUUCGAGGUCACGGGAAAUGUUCUGGAAUCAGAGGAAGGAAACCAUCGAUCCCUUGAUCGAGAUCCUUCGUGCUGCUGCGGGAGUUAAAGACAGCAGUAGUUCGAGCACUCUAGCGGGCAGUUCGAGAGCCAUUGAGCCCGGCCUCUCUGGUGGUGUCGGCCUACAGCUCUUGUACCGCGUUCUCUUAGUACUCUGGCAGCUGAGCUUUGAAGGAAGACUUGUUGGAGAAGGCCUACAGUCGGACUAUGAGUUUAUCCAACUAUAUACCCAACUUCUGCGCCUAUCCCCGAAAGAGAAGACGACUCGUCUGCUUCUCGCAACUUUGAACAACCUCCUUUCCAGCAAUCGCACGACUUUACUUCCAGUUGCUGUGUUUGUCCGCCUUCCUGCUCUGCUAUCCAACCUCUCUGGCCGCCAUUUGACCGACCCAGACUUGCUGGAAGAUUUGAACGCAUUGUCUGAGAUGCUAGUUGAAUACACCAAGACACAAACGACAUUUGAUCAGUACGCCGCCGAGUUACAGUCGGGCCACCUUCGCUGGUCCCCGCCGCAUCGCAACCCAACAUUCUGGGCCGAAAAUGCUCGUCGGAUUCUGGAUGAAGGGAACGGCGCGCUGCCCAAAAAGCUUGCCGAGAUUCUGUCCAAGAGCUGGGAUAAUGACAAGCAGGUCCUUGCAAUUGGAUGCAACGAUGUCGGUCAGCUGGUGAAAGAAAUGCCGGAGAGACGCGGUCAGCUGGAGAAGCUGGGUCUUAAGACUCGAGUUAUGGAGCUGAUGGCUGACAAGGACGAGUCUGUGCGGUGGGAAAGCUUGCGAGCCGUUGGAGAAUGGCUCCGGUACACCUUCGAGGGCUGA